UUUUAAUAGAAUAAGAUGGAUAAUAUAAUAUUUUUUACUGGACUGAAACAAAGGAGACUUGUUGGAUCGUUUUCUCAUCAGACUUCACUCUCAAGCUUUGAUCGGUUUCUGCGGAACCCAAAAGCAAUCGUCUCUUUUUGUUUGUUUUCAGCGCGGAGAAGACUCAAGAUGAUAAGUUGGAGUGGAUUCAAAUGUUUCAUAUGGGCCUACCUUCUUUACCUUCUCAGCCGGAGAACAGGCGGCGGCGGCGAUGUUGAAUUUUUCGAUUCGGUCACUAAAGUUGACCACCUCAAAGGUCUAGCGGAAUUGCUAGAAGAAGGGAGAGAGGUCAGGCCUUUGAUCGUCGCUGUAACAGGAUCAGUUGCCUCUGCCACACCUUUCAAAUGUCAGCGUAGUGAAAUGCUUGCUGUUAUUCUCGAGGAAACGGAAGAGAUACAGUUUCUGAAACGUAACUGGAAGUUUUCGUGGGUUCAAGACACUGCAUCCAUCAGCCUCCCCAUCACUAAGCAAGUCCCUUGGUUCCUGGAAGAUGGGACAGGCCGCGUUAAUGUAUCUGGAGCUGAAACUGCAUUAGGCUUUGCUUUCACUGUGGGAAGUGAAGUAUUUGAAAAGCCUGAGCCUUCUUCGCUUCUUCCAGGAGCAUUAGCUUAUCUCCAAGGCCUCAAGAUGCUUGGAGUAAGACGCUUUGAGUAUGUUCUCCCAAUUGGUACAUGGCUUACGGUUGUUGGCGAGGCCGUAAAAGAUGGUAGCGGGAAUGUCAGGAUUCAAAAACCCGAUCAAGGGCCUUUCUACAUCUCACCUAAACCCCUCGAUCAACUCAUUCCUACCUUAGGAACGUGGUCAAGGAUAUUCAAGUAUGCCUCCAUGGGAGCCUCCUUCUGUUUCACUGUUCGUGGUGUGAUUAUAACUUCAAAGCCUUUGAUUAUAUAUAUUCUACAUGUGAUUGAAGAUAUUCUAUUUAUGUUUGGAUAUAUUCUAUGGAGAAUGCGGCAGGGACUGCCUAUUCUGAAAAAACAUGUGACGUUACUGAAAAGAGGUCUUGGUGCAGUUAGUAAAUACAUUCUUGUGAGAAGUAGAGAUUUUAUAGAGAGAAGGCGGCAUCGACUGUUAAGGAACAGAGUUUUUUGUGCAGCUGCAAAUAGAACGAGACAAGCGACUGAAGAAGAUGUACCUGAUCUCUGUGUGAUCUGCCUUGACCGAAAGUGUGACGCCGUUUUCCUUGAGUGUGGUCAUAUGUGCUGCUGCUUAACAUGCUCCUUGGAGUUACAAGGGAAGCGUUGUCCUCUUUGCCGUAAACCAGUAGUGGUUUUGAAGAUUUACCGCAUUUGAAGACAAAAGAAAAAACAAACUCAGUGGAACAAAUUUGACUAAACAUUCCUAACUGCUAAAAGCCGAUCAACUACUAAACAAUCUUUUGUAUCCGACAUUUGACCAGAUUGUGUUAACAAACAGACACAAUAGAAUGUUUUAAGUCUAUUUCUAUGAAUCUUUGUGACAAUCAGUGUUGGAUAACAGGAGAUUUUUUUCCAAGCUAGACUCA